AUGGGGAAGAGAAAGGUCGCAGCGCUUGAGAAGAUCGAUGCAGACUUCGCAAGCCUGCAGUACAAGAUCCGGCGCGAUCCAAAAUCGUACAAGGACGACUUCUUGAAGCAGUGGGAGCAGUAUGAGUCCCAGCGCGAGAUCUUUCUCAUGUCCCCGACGACGGCCGCCGCCGACUCGGUCGAGUCCUUCCACAACAUGAUCGAUCUCAUCGCCCACGUCGCCGACUGCUACCCCCAAGAAACGCGCUCGUUCCCCGACGACUUAAAGGCCAUCCUGACGCAACACCAUGCCACAAUCCAUCCAGAGCUGCGGGAAAAGGUCGUCGGCAGCCUCGUGCUGCUGCGGCGCAAGGAAGUCAUUGACUCGGCUAGCGUCCUGACGACCCUCUUCCCCAUCCUCGUGUCGUCGCCAAGCAAGUCCCUGCGCGAGCUACUCUUCAGCAAGAUCCUGAGCGACAUGCGAAACUCAAACUCAAAGGCCAUCAAUCACCCGCUCAACCGCACCAUCCAGACGGUCCUCUACAACCUCGUCACGGCCGACCGGUCCUCGCCCCGGGCCAUCUGGGCCAUCAAGCUAACGCGCGAGUUGUGGAAGCGUCAGAUGUGGACCGAUUCCAAGCCCGUCGAUGUCAUGAAGGAGGCCUGCCUGGCCGACAACGAAAAGGUGGCGAUUGGGGCGGUGCGCUUCUUCCUCGGCGGCGACAAGGAGCGCGAGGAGCUCGAGGACGAGAGCAGCGACGACGAGGUGGACCUGGGCAAGGUCCGGCACCAGAUCGGCAUCAACAAAAAGUCCAAGAAGCAAAAGGAGGCGUACAAAAAGGCCGUCAGCAAGGUCAAGAGGGGCGAGCGCAAGAAGAGCAAGCCCCAUCCACUCAAUUUUUCCGCGCUGCACCUGCUGCACGACCCGCAGGACUUUGCCGAGCAGCUCUUCUCCAAGCACCUGCAGAACACAAAGGCCAAGCUCUCGCUCGACAGCAAGAUCCUCGUGUUGCAGCUCGUCACGCGCCUGAUCGGCUUGCACAAGCUGACCGUCGUCCCCCUCUACUCCUGGUUCAUCAAGUUCCUCACGCCCCGGCAGCAAUCCGUCACGUCCUUUUUGGCCUCGCUGGCGCAGGGCACCCACAAUCUCGUGCCGCCGGACGUGCUGGAGCCGCUGAUUCAAAAGAUUGCAAACGAGUUCGUUUCAGAGGCGUCGGCCUCGGAGGUUGCCGCCGCCGGCCUCAACGCCAUCCGCGAGAUUUGCGCCAGGCAACCGCUCGCCAUGACGGAUACCCUGUUGCAGGACCUGGUCCAGUACCGCAAGAGCAAGGACAAGGGGGUCAUGAUGGCUGCCAAGGGACUGCUGUCGCUGUACAGAGAGGUCGGUGCCGAGCUACUGAAGAAGAGGGACCGCGGCAAAGAGGCCACCAUGGGGCUCAAGGCAAGCCUGCAGCAGCAGCGAAAGUUUGGCGAGGAGGAGGCUGGCGGCAUCGAAGGCCUCGAUCUCCUGGCCAAGUGGAAGGAGGAGGAGAGGAGGAGGAAACGGCUGGAAAAGGGUCUCUCGGCAACUGCUGGAAGCGACGAAGAGGACGAAAAGGACGACGGCUUCCAGUCGAGCGACUGGGAGGUCGACUCGGAUGGCAGCAGCAGCUCGGGCGAGUGGAUCAACGUCAGCGACUCGGAAGACGAGGAGCCGGCGCCCAAGAAGCAUAAGAAGAAGGAACAGAGCGGGGACAAGGAGGAGGAAGACGAGGAGGGCCGGGAGGAACGAGAAGCAGAGCUGGAGCGCAUGUCGAAGCUGGCGACGACGACAAUCCUCACGCCGGCGGACCUGGCCAAGCUCCAGGAACUGCGCACGGCGGCGUCGGUUGAGCGGGCCAUGGGCGUGCGCAAGAAGGCGCAGGGCAGCGGGGCCCUGCACGCCGACGACGGGCUGACGGCGGAGAACAUCGAGGCGCCGGCCAGGCUGCGCAAGCUGACCAAGGAGGAAAAGGUGGCGUUGGCCAAGGAGGGCAAGCCGGAGCGGGAGGAGCACAAGAGCACGCAGGCGAUCCGCAGGUCGAAGAAGGCGGCGGAGGGCAAGAGCACGAGCAACCGCGAGAAGCAGCGCAACAAGAACUUUUUGAUGACGCUGGGCAAGGCGAAGAGCAAGCAGAAGAGGAGCCUGGUGGAGGCGAGGAAGGUCUUGAGGGGCCAUGUGGAGAGGAGCUCGCGCGGUGGGCGGCGGGGGAAUUGGGGGUGA